GGAUCRCGCUUCUGUCCAGGGGGAAAGAGGGGGUCGCUGCGCUAUCAAACAUUACAAGGGCAUCCCACCCGGUCGAUAAGGAAGCGAAGACGAAAUGGCGUCGAACGGGCAGYCGCGAGAAGCGCCGGCUUCUCCUCCCGCCGGUGGGAACCCAUCGAAACCGAAACCGAAACCGAAAUCCCUGUCCCAGCUUCUCAAGGUGAGGGACGCGAAACGAGAAACCAUGUGCCAYUUGUUCGAGGAAAAGAAGAAGAUCAUCGAGCGCAUGAAGGCAAUGAACGACGAACUGAGCGAGCUGGACGACGAAAUCGAGGCGCUGGAAGAAGCACGAGAACUUCGGAGGCUCUCGCGGAUCACGAACGCAAGCGCAAGCGCAAGUUCCAACGAAGCGCCCAAUCAUUCUCCCGUGCCGGUGCCCGUGAAAUCGGAACCCGGUGACGCAUCGGGUCCGGCGGCCACMGAGUCUCCACCGCCGCUGACCAUGAAUCCCGACGAGGUCCUCACGGAACCCACCCAGUCCUUCACGCAGAUACGAGACGACGAACAACUGACCGAUCCCCUCACGUGGACCCAGGCGGAACCARCGCAGGGAGCGAGCAGCGACGGGACGAGAACCAGCGCGGCGUCUUCCGCCUUCGUUUCCGUCUCCGAUUCCGGUCCCCAGCACGAACAGCAACAGCGUCGCCGGGAGGAGGAGGACAUCGAAGACUAUUAUUACGACAGUGGCGACGAUCGAUACGUGGAGGAGAGCAGGUAUCCGGUGGAGCCAGCACACGCUCCCGAACCAGUACCAGUACCAGUACCAGCACCAGCAGCUGCAGCCCACCAGAAACGGAAAUCGUCGAUGGGGACGCUCGACAACUUUCUGAUACCGUCUUUUCAACGCAACAGCAGCAACAACCAUGGCAGCAAUCAAAACCAACAAUACAAUCAAUAUGCCUCGACACCCGCCGCGGCAGCCUCGGGGUCCUGUCAGUACUCGUCGCACGACAUCCACCAGACCCUGAGGCAAUCCUUUCGGUUGCAAAACUUUCGGGAAAACCAGUUCGAAAUCAUACGAUCGACGCUGAGCGGGAAGGACACCUUCGUGCUGAUGAAGACCGGCGGCGGCAAGAGCCUKCUCUACCAGCUCCCGGCCGUCCURGAGAGCCCAAGGGUCACCAUCGUGGUGUCCCCCCUCCUGAGCCUCAUCCAGGACCAGGAGGACCAGAUGAACGGCUUUGUUCGAAACUCCUGCGUCAGCUUUACCUCGGGGAUGGGCACGGCCCAGCACACGGAGAACUGGAACCGGGUCCGCGACGCCGCCGGGGGGGUCGUCAUGGUGCUGGUCACCCCCGAGCGCGUCUUCCAGAGCGGAAAACUCCGGUCCGAGCUGCAAAAGCUGGACGACCAAAACCGGCUGGGAAGGUUCGUCAUCGACGAGUGCCACUGCGCCUGCCAGGUACGUACUGUUGUUGUUUGUGUGGUGCACAACGGUGCUUGUGCUGGAUUGCCCGAGCCGGAACCGUAAAUGUACCCACAAUCCACACUACCAAAUCCUUUCUAAUUUUCAUUCGCAUUCGUGUUCGCAUUCGCAUUCGCAUCCUCCUUUUGAUUGUUUGGAAUCCUGUCGAUAGUGGGGACACGAUUUUAGGCCAGACUAUGCUAAACUGAAAGUGCUACGGGAACAUUUCCCGCGCAUUCCCAUCAUGGCCGUCACGGCUACGGCGUCGAAACAGGUAAGGGACGAGUGUGUCAAGAUUUUUCAGUUGUCGAGGGACUACGACUUCUUUCGGUCCACAGCGAACAGGCCGAAUCUUAGCUACCAAGUACGGCCAAAGGAAGCCAAUGUCAUCGAGGACAUGGUGGAUUUCAUCAAGAACAAGCCUCCCGGAUCGGCGGGUAUCGUUUACACGUAUUCGCGGAAGGAUGCCGACACCGUUGCCUCCGAAUUGUGUGACCACGGCAUUGUUGCCGAGUCCUAUCACAGCGAGUACGUAUUCUKUUUUGUGGUCUCUCUGCCAAUGCGAGCGGGCAUCGAUUCAUUCUCGUACCCCCAAAAUUUGUGCGUUUCCGUGUUCCUCAAUGAUUUUUGCCAUGCCUCGUUCCAGCGUGACCCCCGUUCGCAAAAAGGCUGUUCACAAAAGCUGGAUGGCAAACCGGACACAGGUGGUCGUCGCCACGAUUGCCUUUGGAUUGGGCAUCAACAAACCGUGAGUGAGCUCUCUUGCGUGUUUUUCUUUGGUGCGCUUUUCCUUUCSAACAUUCUUUCGAUGUGCUAACCGCUUCUAUCACUUGCGCCGUGCAGAGACGUUCGAUUCGUACUCCAUCACACACUGAGCAAAACCCUCGAAUCGUAUUAUCAGGAAUCGGGACGGGCAGGUCGAGAUGGCAAUCCAGCCGAUUGUGUAUUGUACUAUUCCCCGAAGGAUGUACCGAGAAUGUUGAGCAUGAUUCACGGCGAUUCCACAGAAGAUUUGUUCCUCACCAUGGUGAGAUAUGCCUCGAACGUACGUUCCAAUACAACACCGUGAUUAUUUUGUCCAGGUGAUGGAUCCACURGCGUUCUSAAUCUCGUAMAACACAAAACUCAGUUCUCUUGCACUUUUGUUUCCUCGUGAACGUGUCCGAAGUUUGGCGACGACGAAGCAUGCCGGGCUAYGAUUUUACGACAAAUGGGCGAACCAAACCAAGACCUAGAAAAACACAAGGGAGUCAGUGAUGAAGUCGAAAAGCGCAACGUCACGCCCCACGCGAUUACUUUCUUGGAGCUUCUGAUGACUUUUCAAAACAAGAGAAUGACGAUGAACAUGCUAGUGACGGAAUGGCGGAAGGCUCCUUCUACAGCCGUGRCAUGGUGCGUUGAUUUUGCAGAUGUUUCAGCUCUCCACUUCUUGAUAUUAUUUCAUCUCUUCCUUUUACUCACACGGUUUGUUUUUGCGCUUGUCUAGUGUUAAGAACAAUCCUCCGGGAAAAGACCUUACGAGAGAMGACUGCGAGCGACUUAUCAUAGGUCUCUGGACCAACGGCAUGAUCGAGCCCAAAUAUCGAUUUACAAAAUAUUCGUAAGUGAAUCAAACACGGAGUCCAUAGUAAUAUUGACUCACUAGACAACCAAAACUAAUCUGUGAACUCCUGCUGACUCGCUUUCCUACGAACCACAGCACCGUCGUUUAUCUUCAGUGCACUGAAUCUAGUACGAUGUUUCUUGUAUCCGACAAAGCGUGCAUGAUAUUGGCCCUCCCAAAACCCGCGAACAAAAAAAGGAAGUCGAACGCAAACACCCCCGCGAUGGACAAAGAUGGCUGGGUCGAGUCCAAUGCCUCGAAACGAAGGCGGGUUUCGAAAGCCUUGGUGCCAAGCUCGAAAAAGAAGGCGGCCGCCAAGACCAAAAAGAGGGCAACCACCAAGAAGGCUGCUGCAAAGAAAUCCACCGCAAAGAAGACAACUAAGAAAACGACAAAGAAAACAACCACGGCAUCGACUCGCAGAGACACCGCGAGGGGAGCCAAACCGAAGGGAAAGAAAUUGUCAAAGGGCGAACAAAACGAAGUGAUAGAGUUGAUAGAAGACUCGGACGAUUCGGGAUCCAGCGAGCUCGAAAUCGUGAAGAGUACGAGGAACGUUCGUCCCCRCAGGGCUGCAGCRGCCGCCUCAUUGAACCGUAUURCUGUUGCAAGAGAUUCAAACGAUUUCUUGUCAGAUGUUGAUGAUGAUUCCGUUAGUGAAGCUGAAUUCGAGUGAAUUGGAAUUUGUGUGUCGGAUUAGAUCGGUUUUCGUCGAUGAUCACAAUAGACAAAUAAUGAAAUA